AUGCACAUGGACGAGUCUCAGUCGCCCUCACUAGACUCGGAUGACCCACCCAAUAGAUCCUACACCGCCUGGACAAGGAUACGAGAACGUAUCGCGGCUUCGCUCAACUUUUACCGUGUUCACACCUUGAUCUUCACCUUUGUCCCUUUGAUCUGGUCCGGGAUUUUCUACGCCAGCAACGGGAGCACCCACAUCGCAUAUAUCGACGCUUUGUUCAAUUCUGUCAGCGCGUUUUGUGUCUGUGGGCUUACCACGGUCGACCUCAGCGCCCUCACACCAUGGCAGCAAGUUAUCUUGUUCAUCCAGAUGAACACGGGGAGCACGACUUUCGUGUCCUUCUGGAUGGUCUACGUCCGAAGGCACUACUUUGCCCAGGCCUUCCGAGAACGGGUAAGACAGGUGCAGCUCGCCAAACGGAACGAUCCGGAGAGCGCCCCUCUGGAGAACUGGCGCACCCGCAUCACCCGCACCUUUACGCGCUCAGCGCACCCUGAGACGAGGCCGGCGCAGGACGCCUACGUCCUCCAGGAGAAGCAGUCGCCGGCGACGCCUCUGAAGAAGCGCAAAAAGGGCGGCGUGCUGAAACACGUCAAGCCAGAUAUGAUACGCCGGACGACGGACAGGCCGAUGUUGAUUAAUCCUAGUGGCUGGAUCAGCGAGGGGGGCCCAGGUCCGGAUGCGAAGCCGAUGCCGUCUGCAGAAGCCGGUGUGCCGUCUGCUUCUACGACCGCGGAGACGGGCGAGUCCGAAACUCCUGUCACCUUCCUGGACGUGGUCAAGGUCGACAACGCGGACCCGGGUCCGAGCUCUGCAUCGUCCUCGUCAAGUACGUCCGAGUCCACGGCCGAGGAUGGCGCGACUUCUCCUAUGCAGGCCCUAGAAAAGCGGAGCCGCCGGCUCUCUGAACCAGGAUCGUCUCCUCAAAUAUCAGCCAUACCGAUGAAUCGUUCACGGACAUUCGCACCUACGCAGGAAGUAGACACGCAGAUCGCUCGAACUGCCACAGUGGACUUUGCGCUCCCCAGGGCAAUCCGCGACACCACAAACAACAACGGUGAAGGCAUCAACGACCGCGGCCGUCCCACCCGUCGUAACUCCAUCCUGCGUGAGCCAACCAUAACAGGUUCCGUGUUCCCAGAUCGUACAAGCCCUUCUACCGAACCACAUGAAGGGCGUCGGUCCCGCUCUGAAUCUCACAUGCGUCCUGGUCCAGCAAUGCGCACACACACUAUGCACACUAUACACACCGUGCAGAGUCACGCGCGCAGCUUUGUUCAUGAUACAUUCUAUGAGAGCCAGCAUCAUGGAUUUGGUGGCUGGCCUAUGCCUCACAAACUACUCCUCAACGGCCUACACAAGCUCUUUCCCGGCUUACAGGAGAAGAUGCAUCGGACUCUCACAGUGCCCCUGACCACGACAUACACGCGGCAUGCAUAUGGCCAUCCAGGGGAACACGACGGUAGGCCCUUGCCCACGGGCGUGAAACUCGCUCCGUAUUUCUCAUUCGAUGCGUUCGCGGGGCGAAACUCGGCAUUCCCGUACUUAACGCACGAACAGUUGGAGGAGGUGGGCGGCGUUGAAUAUCAGGCUCUCUGCCUCCUUCUGUGGCUCGUUGGCGGACUAUGGUUUGGCAGUCAGAUGUUGGCAUUUGUGAUCAUCGCACCGUACAUCUCGCAGCCCAGGUGGAAGAGUGCAUUCGAACCGCCAAAUUUGCACAAGCACGUUCCGCCCCCAUGGUUCGCCCUUUUUCAAGUGGUCUCCUCCUACACAAAUACCGGCAUGUCUUUGGUCGAUCAAUCCAUGAUCCCGUUCCAAAAGGCAUACCCGAUGAUUUUCCUCCAAGCAUUCCUAAUCCUGUGUGGCAACACAUCUUUCCCUCUUUUCCUGCGCUUGCUCAUUUGGACGCUGACUAAGAUACUUCCAAGCACAUCGGAUCUUCAUGGUCCUCUUCGAUUCCUUCUCGAUCAUCCACGACGUUGCUAUCUUUACCUCUUUCCCUCUCACCAAACGUGGUUUCUGUUGCUCAUGGUCGUUGUUUUGAAUUCCACAGACUGGUUCUUUUUCAUGGUGCUGGAUAUUGGAAAUCCCGCUAUAGACUCCAUCAAAUUAGGAACACGCUUUGUGCUGGGACUCUUCCAGGCUUUCGCUGUGAGGGCAGCUGGUUUUGCCACGGUGACAAUAUCCAACUUAGCGCCAGCCGUCAAGGUGCUCUAUGUCAUCAUGAUGUAUGUCAGUAUAUAUCCUAUCGCGAUGAGUGUACGCUCCACGAACGUAUACGAAGAACGAUCUCUCGGCGUUUUCAUUGACGAAGAUGAGGAAGAGGAAAGAAACCAGGAGCUAGAGCAGAAUAUUGCAGCCCAGCCUGGUCGCGUGGCGGUAUGGGGCAAAUACCUGGUAUCACAUGCGCGAAAGCAACUAUCCUUCGAUAUGUGGUGGCUGGGCUUUGCCCUCUUCCUUGUGUGCAUCAUCGAGCGCAAACCUCUUGACGAAACUGAAAAGGCAUCAUGGUUCAACAUAUUCUAUAUACUGUUUGAGUUGGUCUCGGCGUAUGGCGGUGUAGGGCUGAGUCUAGGACUCCCGAAUGCGAAUUACUCCUUCUCAGGAGCACUGUCCCCGCUGUCAAAGCUCGUUGUUUGCGCAGUUAUCAUCCGAGGUCGCCACAGAGGGCUUCCUCAGGCUAUUGACCGCGCUGUGGUCUUCCCUUACGAGCUUCGCGUACUGCGGGACCGAGAAAAUCAGGACGGCGCUACUAUCACAGCGGUGCCUACCUCCAAUGCUAGCGGUGUGAAUCUACGACCUCAGCGCACUCGCACAACGAGCUUUGGCCAAGCACAAUCCAGCCAGGAUACAGCGAACCACAACGUUUUCUUCCCUAGAACCCGCACCCGGGCAAGUCAACUCCCUCAAGUCCCCGAACAUGUUUAGGGUGAUCGUCAGGCUCCACCCAAACGACUAACACGACGCUCGCACGACACUGUGGAACAUCAUCUCAUCUGCAGGUCCACACUAGACUUAUCAUUAUUCUAUAAACGAACAAUUGCAGGAACACGCCUAUGACCACAUUUACUAUAUCCUCGAUCACUACUGUCUGUCCAUCACGCAAACCUUUUACAUUUCCUUUCUUUUAGAUUUGGCCUUUCAUGUCUGUACUAUAAACUUACCUGCUCAC